AGAGAGAAAGAGAGAGAGAGAGAGAGGGAGAGGGAGAGAGUAGCAGUCAUUGCAUAUUCAUCUUCUCUUACAAGCCAAACCCACCUCAUUGACUGACAAAGAUUCAAGAAUUUCUUCUCUUGUAAGCCAAACUCUCUCUCUAUAUGGUACUGCAGAUUUCUUUUUGAUGCUGAUAGUUUCUUUUCCACGCCAUUUCUCACGAGAAAUCGGUACUCUGUCACGGAAAAGCAGUCCUUCUUCCCUCAAAAGUUCCCUCCUUUUCCUAUAUAAGCACUUCGACAUCAGUCCAGACUCCAGAGCUCUUCACCGCUUCUGAUCAAUACUUUACUUUUCAUCCAAUGGCGGUGAAGCAGAGACUGGGUGGUUUCCGUGUAAUGCAAUGCAUUCUGUUUGUGAUAUGUUUGCUAGCAGAAGGUAGAGUACGUGUGUUUGCGAUUUUGGACCCUCUUGAUUUCUUGGCUCUGCAAUCGAUUCGGAAGGGGCUUGAUGAUAUGUCCGGGUCGAAUUUCUUUGCUUCCUGGGACUUCACUUCGGAUCCUUGUAAUUUCGCCGGAGUUUACUGUGAUUCUGAUAAGGUGAUCGCUUUAAAUCUCGGUGACCCGAGGGCUGGUUCUCCGGGUCUGACGGGUCGGAUCGAUCCUGCUAUUGGGAAACUCUAUGCUCUCGCAGAGUUUACGGUCGUUCCGGGUCGGAUUAUCGGUUCUCUCCCUUCUUCCAUAUCGCAGUUAAAGGAGCUACGGUUUCUUGCGGUGAGCCGGAACUUCAUAUCCGGAGAGAUUCCGGCGACUUUAGGGCAACUUCGCAAUCUCAAGACGCUUGAUCUUAGUUAUAAUCUGUUUACCGGAGAGAUCCCUCGCGCCGUCGGAACCUUACCAGAGCUAUCCAACGUCAUUCUCUGUCACAACCACCUCUCCGGUUCGAUCGCUCCUUUCCUCUCUCAAACCCUGACCCGGGUCGAUUUAAAGCACAACGAUUUCUCCGGUUCGGUCGCUCCAUAUUCUUUUCCUCCCUCGAUUCAAUACCUCUCGCUAUCCUGGAACCGGUUCAGUGGCCCCAUUGACGGCCUCCUAAACCGGCUCGACCAGUUGAACUAUCUCGACCUCAGCAUGAACCAACUCACCGGCACCAUCCCGGGUCGGGUCUUCAACUUUCCGAUCACAAACCUCCAAUUGCAGAGAAACUCAUUUUCCGGUCCAGUUCAGCCGGCUGAUCAGGUCAAAAUCCCGACCGUCGAUCUUAGCUACAACAGACUGUCCGGCCAGAUAUCACCAAUGUUCUCGACCGUGCAGAAUCUCUACCUUAACAACAACCGGUUCACGGGUCAAGUUCCGGAUAGCUUUGUGGACCGGUUACUGGCGUCAAGUAUACAAAUACUGUAUCUACAGCAUAAUUUUCUGACGGGAAUUGAGAUUAAUCCGACGGCUGAUAUCCCCCUGAGUAGUUUAUUAUGUCUACAGUAUAACUGUAUGGUCCCGCCCGUACAGACGCCCUGCCCUCUCAAGGUUGGGAAGCAGAAGGUUAGGCCGGCAGCGCAGUGUGUGGGGUGGAGAGGGUAAUGGUUUGGAAAUUUGAACUCAUAUCAAGGGCAUUUUGGGAAGGCUGAAUGCUAGAAAGGUUGAUAUUGGGUUUCCAUUUUUGUUUGAUUCAUUAAUUUAUUUUUGGUAAAAUUUAAGUAAAUGUGCACCAAUAAGAUCGUGAAUGCUCGUACAAAGUGUAGCUAUUUAGGGUAAAUAUAUAUAUAUAUA